GAUCUUUGCCUUUCGUUUUCAAUUGCGUUAUCUCCACAUGGUUUCUCUCCUCCUCCCUCUUAUCAUUUUCAUUACCAUUAUUGCUCUCUCCUCCUCCUCCUGCUUUGAGAACUGUGUCCUGCCUUUAACGAUUUUCCUUUGAUUUUAAUGGUUAUUGCCGAGUCGUUGUCUAAUACCCGAGACCCUAAAGCCUACAACUUUAUACUUAAUUUCCCCACUUCUUGCUCUGGAAUUUGUCUGGAUAUGUUGUUACAAUUGCAUUUGUAUCAGAAAAUAUAUCCAUAAUAACCAGAACUCCAAACGUUUUAACCAGCUUUGUUUGGUUAUCCGGACAUGUGGAUACCAGUCUUUGUCUUUGUAUAAAUGUGUGAUAUGUGAAAAAAUGUGAAGACAGAUUCUCAUUCUUGGCCUUUCCUCUAUGAACCCUAAUCUCUCUGGGGGAGAGAGAGAGAGAGAGAAGAUAACAAAGAAAGCUCCUCUGUUCUCUGUUCUUCUCUUUUUCUCCUGAGCUUUUUCUCUUGCUUUUCUUUCUUACCAGGGAGGAACCCUUUCGGUGUUUGAUUGACAAAUCUUGUUCAUAUAUCAACCAACAUGAAUGGUUUUCAAUAGGGUCCCAUUCUGAUGUUCUCUUCUCAUCCAUCCUCAAGAUAUUCUUCAGCCUCUUCCUCUUUUUUCCUUCUUUAACACUUCCUCUGAUAGAAACAGAUGCAGCAAAAGGAAUAUCUUUUAGGGAAGAUAAGAACUUGAGCCAGCCCAUUUGUCUGCCCGUUGGUUCCAAUCCCCUUUUUCCCUCGGCUUUUCUUUUUUCCAACCUGUGGUAAUACCCUUCUGAAGCGAAGAUGGUGUUGUCUACAAGGAGAUACUUGGCCUUGUUGCUGUGUUUAUGGUGUUUGUCUGGUUUGGGGAUGGGAGAAACAGAGGAAAGUGAAGGUGCUCCCAUGGAGAAAACAGAGCAAGCUGCUCUCUACUCUGCAAUUCAGGGCUUUGUCGGUGACUCUUGGAAUGGCUCUGACCUUUAUCCUGACCCUUGUGGUUGGACUCCCAUUCAGGGUGUUUCCUGUGACAUGUUUGAUGGUCUCUGGUAUGUAACUGGUUUAAGCUUUGGUACUGUGCAAGACAACUCUCUUGCCUGUUCUAAGUUUCCGGAGAUCAGACCGCAACUCUUCAAUCUGAAGCACCUGAAGUCACUCUCUUUCUUCAACUGCUUCAUUUCGCCUAACCGAUAUCUGUCUUCGAUCUCGGACGAGCAGUGGCUAGAACUUUCUACAAGUUUGGAGACACUGGAGCUCAGAUCAAACCCGGGAUUGAUCGGUGAAAUCCCUUCCGCGAUCACUACCCUCACCAACCUGCAGUCCCUGGUCGUGCUGGAAAACCGGUUAACAGGCCCAUUGCCAGAGGAUAUUGCCAAGCUAACCGGGUUGAGACGGUUGGUACUGGCUGGAAACCGGUUUACAGGCAAAAUACCGGAGGUCUUCGGGUUAACCGAACUGCUGAUCUUAGACUUGAGCAGAAAUUCUCUAUCUGGGCCAUUGCCAUCAAGCGUGGGAGGACUGAAGUCUCUGCUGAAACUGGACAUGAGUAACAAUAACUUGGAAGGCAAGUUACCUAGCGAGUUACAGUUCUUGAAGAACCUGACGCUUUUGGACAUGAGGAACAACAUGUUCUCAGGAGGGCUGACCAAAGCGAUUCAGGAGAUGAGUUCCUUGCAAGAGAUGGCCAUGUCCAACAACCUCCUGGGCGGGGACAUGAUGGGAAUAAAGUGGAAAAAGAUGGGCAAUUUGGUCAUUUUAGACGUCUCCAACACAGGCUUGACAGGCGAGAUCCCUUCCUCCAUUGCAGACCUCAAGAAGCUGAGGUUUUUGGGUCUGAGCAACAACAAACUCACAGGGAAACUCAUUCCGAAAAUGGAAACCGCAAUGCCAUGUCUCAACGCGCUUUACAUAAACGGAAACAACAUGUCUGGAGAGCUGGAAUUCUCUGGAACGUUCUACCAGAGGAUGGGGAGGAGAUUCGGCGGGUGGGGAAACCCUAACCUGUGUUACCCAGAUGGGGAAAUCUCGGACAGCGAUCACAUUCCGUACGGAGUGAAGCCAUGCAAGUCAAAUGAGUUGACUUUGACCGAACCCAACUCCCAAACCCUAACUUUUGACAAAAGGGUCGAUAUAAAAAGCUCAAAGGUCGCACCUUUGGGAUCAUCAAGCUCUGUCGUCUCUCUAGGAUUUUUCUGGAUCGCCUUGUCAUCUUCUCUGGCUUUCUUCUCUAUUGAAUGCUGGAGCAUUGCUUGAGAAGAAGAUGCAACAUGUUUUAGAUCUUUAGAAGGAAGAAAAAGAACCGAACUUGUGUUUAGAUCUUCAUCUAAUGUAGAUGUAAUAGUUGUAAUUUCUCGGAAUUGUGUAGCCUUUUGUCUCACUCAAUCGCUUAACAAAAUAUCAAAUAUUCUAUUCUA